AUGGCGGCAUUCGCCACAGCCCUCGUCAACCCCUGUAACUACAUCGGUGGAAUUAGCUUCAAUCCGGACAAUGAUAUUCAAGAUCUGACAGGAAAAACUAUUCUGAUAACCGGAGGAAAUGCUGGACUAGGCAAGGAGACAACUCUCCAACUGGCCAAACACAACCCUGAGAAAAUUUUCCUCUGUGCCCGCACAGAGUCCAAAGCCCAAGAUGCAAUUCAAUCAAUUCAAGCAGCAAUCUCGACCAAGGUUGACAUUACUUGGAUUCCCUUGGACUUGACAUCCAGGGUAUCCAUCCAAAAGGCCACCGAGUCCUUCCAUGCUCAAUCUCAAAGACUGGAUAUUCUCAUCCUGAACGCAGGAAUCAUGGCUACGCCGCCAGGAGAGACUGAUCUGGGCCAUGAGAUUCAACUAGGCACGAACCACACCGGCCAUUUCCUUCUGACCAAGCUUCUGCUCCCAACGCUACUCAAGACAGCUGAAGAACCGAACUCCGACGUGCGGGUUGUUUCUUUAGCGUCAGUUGGUCACAAUCUUGCACCGAGCUUCAGUACUUUUCUGGACCAGGAAAAGCUGAAGAAGGUCAAUACGAAUGCCCGGUAUGGUGCGUCCAAGGCUGCAAAUAUUCUCUUUGCCGCUGAGCUUAGUCGACGGUACCCAUCGAUCACAUCUGUGUCAGUUCAUCCGGGAAUCAUUCUGACAGAUCUGUACAAUUCAAUCGGUCAGAGGACGCCAUUUUUCUCGGUCACCUCCAAGCCGAUGCUGCUUUUUGGGUCUUCUAUUCCUCAAGGCGCAUAUAAUUCUUUAUGGGCUGCUGCUGGUGCAAAGAAGGAGGAUAUUGUCAAUGGUGCAUAUUAUGUUCCUGUAGGAAACUGGAAGCGUGAUAAUAAGUAUGCUUCCAGCGCGGACAUGGGCAAGCAGUUGUGGGAUUGGACGGAGAUGGAGUUAGCAAAAGCUAAUUUGUGA